GAUCCUCAGAGUUCCCAGCUGACUUUUUCUGUUCUGUAGUUAGAGGGGAGUGUGACUUUGGGCAAUCUCUUUGGGCCUCAGUUGGCUCAGCUGUUAAAUGGGAACACCAGUCUCUCUGUGGUAGGCAUGUUGUAAGGCUUAGUUGAGAAACAGGCAUACAGGGCCUCAAUAAUUGUACAGAAUUGUUCCUAUGAUUGAGCUAACCGCUAGCGGGGAGGGGGCACACUCAACGGUGUUUUAAACUUUAUUUUGCCCCGGGAUUUCCUCUCCCCGGACUUACACCCUCACAUGCUAGCGUCACAGGGAAAACCGAGGCAGUUCCUCCCCACCCCCUCCCGCGCAUCCAGCCGUGGGGGGGCGGGGGAUGCGACUAGAGGCCUAGGCCUGGCCGAGGUGUGGGCGUGGCUGGGGAAGGCUGAGUAGGCGGCAGGGGCGGAGCCCCGCCCCGGGUCCGCGGCUUCUCACGGGCGGGGCUGCUGCAGAGGAUCUCAGCUAGCAGAGCCCGAGCUGGAACAGCGCUUUUGUUCUGCUUGCUGCCUCCUAGGCCAGCCGGCGUCUGGGCCCAUCCCUCACCUGCCCGCUCCUUCCACCCGCCCAUCCUCCGACAUCUGGGCCUGCAUCCCCUUCCCCAACCGCUUCGUCCCAGAUCCUGCCCUCAACCCUUCCCCACACUUCUGGUUAGGGCCAUUGCCUGGUACCCUUCUAUCCAUCCUUCCCUCCUCCAUCUCCUUCCCUAGGGCCCCUCUCGCGGACUCCGUUUUCCCAAGGUCCGUAUCACCCCGCCCGGCCCCGCCCCUCCAGGCCGGGGAUGUUCCCCGCGGCCCGGCGCCCAUGGUCCUGACGCUGCUCCUCUCCGCUUACAAGCUGUGCCGCUUCUUAGCCAUGUCUGGCCCACGGCCGGGCGCCGAGCGGCUAGCGGUGCCAGGUCCUAACGGAGGCGGAGGCGCCGGCCCGUGGUGGGCUGCGGGUGGCCGCGGGCCCCGGGAGGUGUCGCCCGGGGUGAACACCGAGGUGCAGGGCGCCCUGGAGCGUGCGCUACCGGAGCUGCAGCAGGCACUGUCGGAGCUGAAGCAGGCUGGCGGCACGCGGGCCGUGGGCGCCGGCCUAGCCGACGUUUUCCAGCUAGUGGAGGAGGCCUGGCUGCUGCCGGCCGUAGGCCGCGAGGUCGCCCAGGGUCUAUGCGACGCUAUCCGCCUGGACGGCGGACUCGACCUGCUGUUGCGGCUGCUGCAGGCGCCGGAGCUGGAGACGCGCGUGCAGGCCGCGCGCCUGCUGGAGCAGAUCCUAGUGGCUGAGAACCGGGACCGCGUGGCGCGCAUUGGGCUGGGCGUUAUCCUGAACUUGGCCAAGGAGCGCGAGCCUGUGGAGCUGGCACGCAGCGUGGCAGGCAUCUUGGAGCACAUGUUCAAGCACUCAGAGGAGACGUGCCAGCGGCUAGUGACGGCGGGCGGCCUGGACGCGGUGCUGUACUGGUGCCGCCGCACGGACUCGGCACUGCUCCGCCACUGUGCGUUGGCGCUGGCCAACUGCGCUCUGCACGGGGGCCAGGCGGCGCAGCGGCGCAUGGUGGAGAAGCGCGCCGCCGAGUGGCUCUUCCCGCUCGCCUUCUCCAAAGACGACGAGCUGCUGCGGCUGCACGCGUGCCUCGCCGUGGCGGUGCUGGCGACCAACAAGGAGGUGGAGCGCGAGGUGGAGCGCUCGGGCACACUGGCGCUCGUGGAGCCACUCGUGGCCUCGCUGGAUCCCGGCCGCUUCGCCCGCUGCCUAGUAGAUGCCAGCGACACAAGCCAGGGUCGCGGACCCGACGACCUGCAGCGCCUCGUGCCGCUGCUGGACUCGUCGCGCCUAGAGGCUCAGUGCAUCGGGGCUUUCUAUCUCUGUGCCGAGGCUGCCAUAAAGAGCCUGCAGGGCAAGACCAAGGUAUUCAGCGACAUCGGCGCCAUCCAGAGCCUGAAACGCCUGGUUUCCUACUCCACUAAUGGCACCACGUCGGCGCUGGCCAAGCGCGCGCUGCGUCUGCUGGGCGAGGAGGUGCCGCGGCCUAUCCUGCCCUGUGUAGCCAGCUGGAAGGAGGCUGAGGUCCAGACGUGGCUGCAACAGAUCGGGUUCUCCCAAUACUGCGACCGCUUUAGGGAGCAGCAGGUAGAUGGCGACCUGCUUCUGCGUCUCACGGAAGAGGAACUCCAGACCGAUCUGGGCAUGAAAUCGGGCAUCACCCGAAAAAGAUUCUUUAGGGAGCUCACGGAACUCAAGACCUUCGCCAACUACGCUACGUGCGACCGCAGCAACCUGGCUGACUGGCUGGGCAGCCUGGACCCGCGCUUCCGCCAGUACACAUAUGGCCUGGUCAGCUGUGGCCUGGACCGCUCCCUGCUGCACCGCGUGUCCGAGCAGCAGCUCCUGGAGGACUGUGGCAUCCACCUGGGUGUGCACCGCGCCCGCAUCAUCACGGCUGCCAGAGAAAUGCUACACUCCCCACUUCCCUGCACUGGCUGCAAAGCUAGCGGGGACACCCCAGAUGUCUUCAUCAGCUACCGCCGGAACUCAGGCUCCCAGCUGGCCAGCCUCCUGAAGGUACACCUGCAGCUGCAUGGCUUCAGUGUCUUCAUUGAUGUGGAGAAGCUGGAAGCAGGCAAGUUUGAGGACAAGCUCAUCCAGAGUGUCAUGGGUGCCCGAAACUUCGUGCUGGUGCUGUCAGCUGGGGCACUGGACAAAUGCAUGCAGGACCGCGACUGCAAAGACUGGGUACACAAGGAAAUUGUGACUGCUUUGAGCUGUGGCAAGAACAUUGUGCCUGUCAUUGAUGGCUUCGAGUGGCCAGAGCCCCAGGCUCUGCCUGAGGACAUGCAGGCUGUGCUCACCUUCAAUGGCAUCAAGUGGUCCCACGAGUACCAGGAGGCCACCAUCGAGAAGAUCAUCCGCUUCCUGCAAGGCCGCUCCUCCCGGGACUCAUCUGCAGGCUCCGACACCAGUUUGGAGGGUGCUGCCCCCAUGGGGCCGACUUAACCGGUCCCUAAUUCCCAAGCCCAGCUGUGACCCCUGUUCCAUUGUCCCUUCUGAAGGAGCAGCUCCUCAAACUGGCCUCCC